AUGAUCUGUAGGUUCUUCCAGACCGCUAAAAGUAACGAUUUGCAACCUCUCUUCCGCAGUUUAGACGAUUGUAUCGCCAACUUUAAGUGGCUUCUUACAUUGUAUGACGAGAGAAUUAUUGCCUCCCUCCCUCCAUUCACCGCCUGUAAUCCGAUGUUUCUAGUGAUCUGGCAUUGCAUCCCCGCCGUCCAAAUGGAGAGUCGGCUUUUGGGAGAUGGAGCUUGCUCCUACGCGCAAAUAGCAGCUGCCGAUGCCCUUUGUACAUUGUCAUUGACUAAUGAGCCCGUGAUUUUGGAGAAAAUCAUGACCCAUAUCGUUCAUUUACUGAAGAAUGCUCCGAUUGAGGUUCAAAUUCAAGCAGUGGAGUUAGUGACUGAAAUGGCCGAGGUAUACGACGCAACCAAAUAUGAUUCCGUCGACGGGAAUGUGAUUUUUCCACUGGUAACAAUACUAUCAUCCAAGACAGUGAUCGAUGAAUCUGAAGUAAACCUGCCAAAGCCUAAACUCGAACGUCGCUAUGUCGAGGCUUUGUGGAUGGUUGCUGCUAGAAGCAAAACAAAUUGUAGAACGACAAGAAAGACAAAAACAACGGUCGGCUUGCCUAAGUUAGUGGGGACUGAAUGGGGUAGAUUAAGGUACUAUUGCUUAAUGAUUAUAAUGGAGAUAACAGCCUUUGCCGAAUCCGAUAUCAAUUUUCUAUGCACCGUAUUCAAAACCAAUGCCCUUUCUACGAAGGCUGCUGUUGAUCAGCUCUUGAGGGUAACCAAAGAGUCAAACAACCAUAUAGUGCAGAUUCCAGCCAUCAGAUCAAUCAGUUCAUUGGCAAGAAUUUUCCAGUCAGGCGAGACUCAAAUAAUUUUCUCUCUUGUUCCUGUUACUUAA